UCUCCGGCUAUGUGCCGUGUGCCGUACGUAUGAGAUCAUUAUCGGGAAUCGCUGCAGGACGGGUCAGCCAGGCAAACAUUUUGAACUCUUUCUGAGACAGCGAAGGAUGAAAACUGCGCCCAAGCUGCUUGCUUACCCCCCUAUGGGUUAUCCAUAGGCGCCUUUUUGCAUACAAGAAAUUGCGUCAGGACUCGUCAAGUGCUAUUUUGGAUUUACUGAGAGUACAUUUUUUUUUCGUCUGGCUUCGCUGCAGAUGAAAUCCACUUCAUUCCCUAAUCAUUCCUCGUCCAGGGUUUGAGAGGCAAACUAUGUAGUCUUCUGACUGACAAGUGGGACAUAUUUAAAGCCGUGGCUUAUUUUUUUCCUGGAAAAAAAUAAUGAAUAAUUGAUCUGCCUUCGUUCACGAAUUUAUCCGAAAACACUGACGCCAGUGGUCUGUCAUCCUUCACGAACUAAAUUUUUGUAUUUUAAAACGAAGUCAGCCUUGAAUAGACGCCAUUUUCGCCCUUCUCUUAUAGAGGCUUGCUCCGUUUGACACACGCAUCUUCGGGGGGGUGUAGUCGGGGUGUCAUUUCGCUUGCUGACCAUGUCCAUGUAGACGGAUGGCAGCUUUAUAAGAACCACAACAACAGCAUCGAGGAGCAGAGGCAGUCGGAGCGAUCGCCACGCCGCGCACCAUGGUAUCCUGGCAGAUGUGCAAAUGUCAUUGGAUUUCUGGGGCAAUGGCAAGGUGGGACGUUUGAGUCUGUACUGACAGCUGACAACUGAGCCAUUCAUCCGAGGCACAGAGUCCCUCUAUCUGAAUCGGAAACCAGGGACAUCAAUGGAGCAAAGAGAGCUCACAAGCUCUGCCCGACUAAAGGAGGGGGAGGCUGACAUGCACUCAAGCAGAAGCGACCUCCCCAAAAACUUGGGGGGUCCCCUGCACACCAUCGAGAGUGGGCUAUCCAUGGCUGGGAAGAACGUUCAAUUUAAGGAGGGGGUUGAGUUCAGAGGGUCGAACCUGGACAGUGGAAAAUGGUCACAGGAUGGGCUUGAGGAGCAAGAGUUUUCUAUUAAGGAGGCCAACUUCUCAGAAGGCAGCCUCAAAAUGAAGAUACAGACCACCAAGAGGGCCAAAAAGCCUCCAAAAAGCCUCGAGAACUACAUAUGUCCCCCUGAGAUACGCAUAACCAUCAAACAAUCCGGGGAACACAAGAUGGCCAAGCAGUGCAAGAGCGGCAAGGUUGCAAAGGAAGAGGAAAAAAUUCACAAGAAGAUGGUGGACCUCAAGAAAUUAAAUCAAAACACACGUGACCCUCAGCUGGACAGCGCAAAGUCACAAGCAUCAUCAGGUCCAUCCCCAGAAAACAGAACAGGUGUUGGACCUACAGGAGAGAUGACGAAUGUAGCCCACAAUAUUCUGCCAGAUUUGAUAAAUACCCAUACUAAAUCCCAGCAAAAAAAAGUUGCCAGCAACCCUUCUUCUGGUUUCUGUGUUACUGGAAGCCCUUGCCAGAUAAUCCCCUCAUUCAUACCUACAAGUCCUCCACGAAAGGAAGCUCAGAAGACAGAGCACAGUCUAAUGAGACUUGCUCCUGACAAGAAAGAUAAAGGUUUACGUGAGGUUUCUGCGCAAGUGUUUGGGAAUAUUAAGAGGAAAUAUGAGCGAAAAGUUUCAUCCUAUAAUUUUGAUGUCGUGGAAGGGAAAAUGGCUAAAAGCAUCUCUGAAGAUAGCGUGAAAGAGAGGCGAAUUAAUGAGUCUGACAAUUCUGAGCUGUCUUCAGGGGAUAGAGAGUGUAAUGAGAAAAGCAAAAUGCUGUCAGUGUAUGCUCCUGUGCAAGCUGAUGAGUCAAAGGGGCACGCUGGAAGAAGGCGACAGUAUCAACAGUCAGUAAAAGAUGCAGUGUUCUCUGAAGACUUAAGAGAAGAACCCCCUGAGUUAGCCAAAAAAAGGGACAAAGAGUCAAAGGUCCCAAACAAGAUAGAGUCAUGGGCCGCAAAGGUGGCAGAUAAUCAUAAACCUGAAACAAAGAUGGCAGGACCUGUGAGCGGUAUGGUAAACACAAGUAAGAUAAGGCUGAGGAAAAAUGGUAUGGGGAGGUCCAAUGCAAGGACAGCUUCAGAUGAACAAAGAGACAAGAAAUCACUCAAAUUGCAGACAGAGGAAAUGUCAUGUACAAAAUUAAAAGAGUCAAGUCAUCAGAAUGCUCCAGAGCUUCCCUCAGCAUAUCCUAUCACCCCUUCUAGCCCACUCUACACCAACGUGGGCAGCUUGACUGUCAUCGCCCCUGUUAAGAAGAGCCGUGGGCGUCCAAAAAAGCAACCUUUACUUACAGUUGAGACAAUUCAUGAGGAAACCUCUGACAGUCCUGUUAAUCCAGUUACCAAGGAGACAUCUCAUACACAAAAGAAAAGAAGGAGGAAGCAAAGUUUAGCAAAAUUUGUUAAGAUGGGCCAUGAUAGUUUGUCCCAUACCCACCAAGUGAAAGAAAUGAAGGCAAAUAAGGUCACUAAAAUAAACAAAAGCACUUCUAAUAAAACAAAAACAGUUGAAAUGAAACGUAUCUUAAAUGAAAUUCUGUCAUGUCACAAGAACAAUCUGUUUUUAAAAUCCAUGGCUCCCACAUCAAAUACUGUUUCAACUGUAGCAUCAACAAUCGAGGCCAGGCUUGGAAAGCAGAUUAACAUCAGUAAGCGAGGAACUAUUUAUAUUGGUAAAAAGAGGGGUAGGAAGCCAAGACCUGGGGUUCAAGUCCAAAGUGACCAGGACAAAAUGAGAAAUAAGCAACUGUCCUCUUACUCAUUUGAAAACAUUACAGUGCCUUCCAAACCAUGGUCGCUUGUGCAUAUUUCUCCCAAAGCCAUCCAGUUGAAUUCUGCCCAAACUGUGGGUGCUAGUGGAACAGGCUGUACACCACAUCUUUUCAAUCAAGGGACCAAUACACAGGAGCCGAGGACCAUGCCGAAUCUUCAGGCCGUCAGUGGAUUACCCAUGAAGACCCCAAAGACCAGCAACUGGAAGCGUUCUCCUCCUCAACUUAUGACUAACUCACCUUCUCAUCUCUCUGAGGUGGUCUCCCUGAAAGAGGUUACCUUAUCUCCUGUCAGUGAGUCACAUAGUGAGGAGACGAUCCCUAGUGAUAGUGGAAUCGGCACGGACAACAACAGCACUUCUGAUCAAGCUGAGAAAGGCUCUGUUUCCCGAAGAAGAUAUUCUUUUGACUUUUGUAGCCUUGAGCCCUCUGAGGUUGUUGCAGCCGACAGUGCCAACAAAUCAAGGAGAGGACACUGGCAUAAUAGGAAUGGCACUGCACCCAGUAUAGAAACUCCUCUUAGUCCAGAUAAUCUGAAGAAACAGAAGCACUGGCGCAAACGCAAGGGUGUUCAAAGGCACAAUGAUCUUCAGUUUCUAGUUGACCUAGAGGAACUGAUUAGCAAGUUCCAGAUGUUCCAUAUUUCUCAUCACAGCUAUAGGUUAUAUUGUGAGAAUUUAUAUCCUAGUACUUACCAAAUUCAUUAUGACCAGUACUAUCCUGUUCCAUGUUUUCCUUAUGACCAAUUACAUCAGUUUCGAAAGAAUCUGGAAAUGAAAUCAAAAAAACGGCGUGGUAAGCCAGGCAAAACCGAUGAGUUGAUAACAAAGACACCAUUUAUCCAUGGAUUUGGCUAUCCUUUUCCCAGCAGCAAUUUCUAUGCACCCUAUACAAUGCCUUAUACAUCAAUGCCUGUUGCAACCACUAUGAUGAACUUAGGCUACUAUGGUCAAUAUCCUGCUCCUUUAUACAUUCCUCAUACUUUUGGGACAACAACCCCUCCUUUUUCAAGACCAGUUGUCCCAGGAUCCCAGUUCCAUUCUGGAGCUCAUCUAAAGUUUACUCCUGGUACCAAACACAGAUUUGGUACCCAUCAGCUACCCAUCACAAAAAUGGACCAUGUCCAGCCAUUGUUAAUGGUUCCUAAAGGUGGUGCCGAUACCUUACCCAACGUCCGACACCACAAACGCAAACACAAGCACAAACACAAGCAUAAUGAAAAUCAACUCUCCAGCUGCCAUAACGAAGACCUGGGUGGGCUUUAUAGAAGGACAAUGAAGCCUACAUUUCUGAGCCAUAUAAGUAAAAGGCUCAGGGUGCUGGAAAAUGAGCACAAUGACCCUAAACAAAAAGAUAAGCAGCAGAACCCGGAAACCACUCACACUCUACAAAGAAGCUCUCAGAAUAUCUUUCAAGCAAAUACUCUUUACAAAUCAUCUCUUCCACAGUCAAAGCAAUGGAAGCUUCUACAACAACCAGGACAACCAAUGCAUGAGAUACAGAGUGUCAGCAAAUGCAGACACACUGACAGCAUACAGUCCAGGCAGGAUUUCUCAUCAGACCUGUUUCAGAGACUCCAGUUCUCUCGAGAAGGCAUCAUCAACAAGAAGCAAAGCCUUGAAAGCCAGGGUUUGUACGCGGAGCAAAGUCCACUAUUCAGAAAUGGCCAAAGGGAGAGGACACAGCUGCCACUUCCUCUUUUGGAAGAAGCCCACAGUCCUCCAAUGAAGAAAACAUUUAAGCGAAAAAGACAUGAGGAGAUUCACUGCAGCAUGAGAAAUGCUUGCAAGAUUCUCUCUACCAAAAAGAAUCUGGACCAUGUUAACAAAAUCCUGAAGGCCAAAAGGCUCCAAAGACAAGCCAAGACUGGCAACAACAUAGUGAAGAAGAGGCGAGGGCGACCCAGGAAGCAGCCGUUGUUGGCUGAUGAGGAGCCCAUGCGUCAAAUGCCAGUGCUGGAAAAAUGUGUGGACCUCCCAGGGAAGAAGUGCCUUCUCCAGCAGCCUGAGUUCUUCAGCCAGGACACCAUUGAUUCUGUGGUUCGUACGGGUCGUCUGAAGAUUCAGCCGCAGCCGAGUCAGCCUGAGAAGCCCUGGGAGCAAGUUCAAGCCAAGCGGCUCCGAUGGUGUCAAGGAAGCGAGAAGGAAGUGAGCUUCUCCACAGGGAAGAAGCGGGCCAACAUCUGCAGCCUGCCAUCCGGUCAUUUAUCACUGCACUUCACACCCUGAACUGUCCCAGCACUUUGGCCUGUUAAUGUUAUCGACAUUUAUUUGGAAGAUUCAAGGCAGAUACAGGCAGUCCUUGAAGCGAAACCUGUUUAAACUGAGCAGGCAUUGUGCAGUUCUCAUAUCGAUUCUACCGUGUCAGCUGUAGCAUCAUGUAAAGUCCCGUUAUUAUUAUCUUGUUUAGAACUGUGGUUUGGCCACACCUUUACCAGCAACUGUAUAUAGACUAUUGUUCAUUUGCUCUCAGAGUAUAGCCAUCUUUUGUUUCCCAUGGAUUUUAAUUACAGCACAAUCCAUUUAUUAUGAAGAUAUAGUGUUUCAGUCAAUAAUCAUUCCCCUCUCAUUUAUUUUAAUCCAUUUCUGCCAUUAGAGCAUAUAGGAAUGUAUAUAAAUUGAAAACUUUUUGUUUGUCUGCUUUAACAUUUUUCAUUAUUUAUUACUAUGGGCAGUCACUAGUCAGUAUUGCACUUUGAGUCUUUAUAGUCACUUUUUUUGCUAUUAGUCUUAGUUCUUUUCAAAUGUUCAUAAUUACAUUAGGAGAAAUGAUAUGGGGGCAAGGUCUGCAGACUUUCAUAUAACUGGGAAUAGCAAAUCUGUCUGCAUUCACUGUGCCUUUUUCAUACACGGGACUGUCGUGGCCUAGCACCAGCUCAGACUCCAGUCAGAUGGGCUUAUUUUGUGCAUUUAGGUUGAUACAGUACAUGCUUAGCAUGUGUUUGUUCUAAUGUUGAGAUAUUCCUAGAACAGUUCAAAAACAUGUCAACAAUGAGGCGUCGCUUGAGCAAUUGAAUAAAAGUAAUACUCGUGUAAUAAUUUGAGCCCAUAUUUUUCAUGAUUUCUUGACUUGAGUCCCCCUCCUUCCACCGUCUGUGCAUUGAUGGAGUAUGUUCAAUCAGGUACCUAAGAACUGUCAAAAUGUGUACAUUUGUGGACAGUGAAUUGGUCGAUAACAUGGUAAAAACAGAAUUUAAACAAAACAGAAACAUAAACGUAAAAUAAUCUUAAAUGUAUUGCGAGCAAACAAACAAAUCUGCUAGCAAGUGGGUUGCAUGGGCAGGAGAAAAGGAAAAAAGGUCUAUAGUCUGCAUAUGUAUGGUAUGUAUACAGCAUCUUAACAUCCUUUUGUUUUAGAAAAUCAAAUUAUGCAUCUGUAGAUUCAUCAGUCAAUCUGAAUAGACACACUGUCAGCAUUAGGGAAGAUACCUUUAGCAGAGUAUCUGGAUGUUCUUCCCAGAUUAAAACAUUCUAAAACAAUAGAUCAAAACAAAUUGAAUCAUCCACUUUUUCCAAGAUAAAUAUACACUAAUCAGGCCCUCAAUAACAUAAGGCACAUGAACCUUGACAACCUUGAUGACCUUUCGGUCAGGAGAAUAUUCCAGACUCUAAUUAUAAUUCAUAAUAAUAGUAAUCCACAAUGACACAAUCCUCAUAAAACAGAAUAUUGGUAUUUGAAUAAAGUGUCUAGUGGUCAUUUGUACUGUAUGCAGUUUUGUAUGUCAGCCAAGUUCAGUCAUUUUUCGUACAGGAAGUAUUGAGUGAAUGUAUAGACAUAUGCAAAUGUAUGCUAAGAUAUUUUAAGUCUGAAGUCCUCAUAAAUUCUGAUAUGUCAGAACAAUGCUUUGUGUUAUUUACAUGUCUGGAGAAGAACUUCUGGUCAUUCAGCAAAAAUCUUUUAAUGAGAUCACACUGAACAGGAAAAUUCAAUGCUCAUGCAAAAUUAUGGGCAAAGGUGUUUAAAAAAGACCUUGCCCUGUGUACCUGACUGUAUAACCUUCUCCCACUUUUACCUAAAUAAUCUUGCCAGCCUGCAUAUUUAGGCCAUAAAGGUAAUCAUUUACAUCUGAAGGAAGUAGGAAAUUCUGCUUUCAAAUAUGUGCAAUUUUAAUUUACGUGUGUGUUUUUGCUUAUUCUCACAGUGAACAAUAUAAAUGCUUCAGUUUUGGGAAACAUUCUUAAUAUGUAAAGACUCAUACAUGGAAAGUAGCAAACCGGUGACAUAGCUAUGCGAUAUAUCUGUUGUAAGCUGUCCUUUAAGGGCCAUCUCAUUAUAGAAGCAUUUGUUAAUGUGCCUUGUGCUCAUUUAUUGCUUUAUAUACUGUUUAUCUUGGGCAUACAGUUAGCUAUUGUGUACAAUAUACAAUAGUUUUAGGUGUUUUAACUUCAUAAUAUAUGUUUUUUUUCAUUCAUUCAUUUUCUUAAUCUCAUUUUAAUUAGUUGUUUUUUUCUGCUUCUGGAUUUUCAAGAUGGUCAUGGAAUCAAUUUCCUGAUGAGAAAGUGACAUGCAUUUACUGUUUGAUCAGUGCUACAUUGCAUUACAUUACAUUGCCUUUUUUCAGUACUGCCUGUAUAAUUGCCUGUGUUGAUUUAUUUCGAUUUCAGUCAUCUAGAUAAGAAAUGUGUGAAAAUUGCAUAGGCAUUUAAAAGUAUAAAUUCAUAGAUCUACAGUAUAUUUCUAGAGCCAUUUUAGCCAUUCUUUGCAAAGUACUUUUUAAGUAUUAGGUGAUCUAAAUGCUGCAAUGCAUUUAGGAGACUGACCCAUAUUUAGGUACUACUAUAUGGGAAACAUAGUAAAGAAAUCAAGAACCUCUGUUUUAGCUGUGCCUAUAAUGGAAUUCCUGGUUGCUAUAUUCUAGUUGUAUCAUUAUAGACAGUUUAUAAAAAUUCUACGACCCAUGUGCAUUAAUGCGUAAAUUUAUAAUUUUUUUCAACGCCAUAGUGUACAUGACAAAUUCAGUCUCAUUAUAUUUAAGCAUUAUAUUUCUGUACAGGUACCAACGUAAACUUUUAAGUAUUAAACUACUAAAAUUUCUUGUACACUAUUUUUGUUUUUACACACAAAUAUUUUUAUUCCAGAUAGUAAUAAAUUAAAUAUGUGCAACUGUGCAUUAAAUUUAUCAACAGAAAAUAAAAAUAAAUCAUUUUGUGAAUGUAAUGUUCCUUCUAAAGUGAGCGUACAAUUUUAUGGUUUUGAAAACAGGGAUAAAAGAAUUUAAUGUGAAACAAUUGCCAUAAAAACAACAACUUGUAAAUUGCACAAAGUAGUGAUCCGUGCAAUGAUAGCACAGCCUUAAUUUAUAUAUUUAUUUACCAAAUGUCUGUUGUAAAUAUUUUGGAUGAAAUGUAUCCAACUGCAUUGAGUCAAACUGUGGUUAUAUGAUGUCUUGGACUAAAAAUUUCAUUGUUCCAUGCAGGCGUCACUUAACUUAAAAUUCUAAAUGUUGUCUGAAUGCUGUUUGGGGCCAAAGUUUCUUUGUUUAUUUUUUUCCUCAGCAAACAGUUAACUUUGUCAUGAAUUCACAGUCAGUACCUUUAGUUGUUACUGCAAUAGAAACUUGUAAAUCUACAUGACUCUAAAUGUGCCAUUCUUACCUGGAGUGUAAAUAUUCUGUCAUUAUUGUGGAUUCCUGUUUAAGAUAAAGAUGCACGCAAAAUUGAUGGUUCUGUGAGGUCGCAGCUUGAUGGUUGACAUUUUGGUAAGAUGUAAAAUACCCGGUUAUUUAAUAUACCAGCUAACAUACUGGUGCCUUGACAUUAUGAAAUGUGUUUUUGCUACUGUAACUGAUAAUCUGGUUUCGCUUUGACAAAGCAUGUUCAGGUUAAUGGGACAUAAUCUGUCUAUUGGAAUCUAUUGACAUUUACAUGAUAGACAAAUAUAACCUGACUAGAAAAAAAUUUAAGAAUUAAAAAAAAAACAAUGCAGAUGUGUUUUAAAUUUUAUACAUUGAAAAUGAUAAUUUUAUAAUGGUAAUGUUCAAAUGAAGUAUCUGAGAAUAAAAUAUAUAUGUAUGGAUGUAAAUUGCAAAAGCACAGUGUGAGUUUUGAACCACAAUGGCAUUUUUUCUUUUUGUAUACAUUGUUUUUUAUUGUAUUGUUUCUUUGCAUGUCACUUGAUUGUAUGUUUGUACAUUUUGAACAAGCAGUAAGUUUGUAUUUUAAACAUGUAGAAACAUUUGUAUAUUAUUUUAUACUUUGUAAGUAAUACAUUUUAAUUCAUAAAGCAUUUUUCUAUAUUCUAUGGAUAUUCCAAUAGCAGACACUAACAAACAAUAUAUGUAUGUAUCUGAUAAUCUGGUUUCACUAUGACAAAUAUGACAAAGAUUGGUCAGGUAAUUUGGACAAAAUUUAUCCAUAUAUAGGUACGUAUUUGUUAAAAAUGGGUAUUUGCAAGUUUAGGUCCUGUUUUCAGUCUUACUCUUUUGUUUAUUCUAAUGAAAAAUCUCAUCUUUCUGCUAUCUGGUUUUGUUUUAUGUGUGGAAAUAAAAAAAAACACUCAUCCACAA